AUGGACUUUGAUGCAGAUCAAGAAGAUGUAUUUAUAGGCGGUGACGAAGAAGAAGCCGGCCAAAGAGAUUUCACCCCCCAAAAAGAUGAAGUUAUUUUCUUAGUUGACUGCAACCCUACUAUGUUUGCAAAAAACCAAGAAGGGCAGUCUCCAUUUUACAUGGUCAUGGACGCGGCAUACAGCUACUUCAAAGACAAAAUCCUUGCUUCUGAGUCUGACAACUUGGCUUUAAUAUUUUACAAUACCGGCCACUCCAAAAACCAUAUGGACUUCAAAGGGCUUUAUGUGUUUCAAGAGCUCGGACCUCCAGAUGCUCCCAGAAUCAAAGCCCUCCAACAGCUUCGGACUAAUGAAGACUACAAGUUUGGGCAUUCAGACGCUUUACUUGUAGAAGCUUUAUGGCUCUGCCACGACCUUCUAACCCAAAAACAUAUGACUGCAUCCCGGCGCAUAUUCUUGUUCACUAACCAAGACAGGCCUAAUCAAAACAAGCCCAAUGAUAUGCAAAGAGCCCUUCAAAGGGCAAAAGAUUUGGCUGAACAAGAUAUCAUGCUUGAGCUGUUCCCAUUCAACCAGGGAGCUCACAAGUUUGACUUUGAAGCCUUUUUUGCUGGGGCAAUUGCACUGGAAGAAGAUGAAGCUAAAGAGCCGAUUCUUGGAGCAGAAAAAUUAGAAGACUUAAUAGCAGUUAUGCAUAAAAAAGAAUACAAAAAAAGAACACUUGGGACACUUAAUUUCAUGCUGUCUCCAACAAUGAAGGUAGCAGUCAAUUAUUAUUGUAUGUUUAGAGCGACUAAAAAGCCAAGUCCAGUGAAGCUGCAUGCAAAAGAUAAUAAAAAACUGAAAACUAUUACAACUUGGGUUUGUGAAGAAACAGGAAAACAGCUUUGGGACCAUGAGCUUGGAUUUCAUUAUGAAUUAGGAGGAAUCAAAAUACCAUUUACAAAAGAAGAAGUCAAGCAGAUUAAGGACUUCGAUACUCCAGGACUGAAACUUAUGGGAUUUAAAAGCAGAAAUAAGAUAAAAGCUUAUAUGAAUGUAAGGCCAAGUUAUUUUAUUUAUCCUGAAGAUAAUAGGAUUAGAGGAUCAUCACAAGUUAUAAACUCUUUGAUAAAUGCAAUGAUAAAGCUUAAUAAAGUUGGCAUGGUGAGGAUAAUUCCGAGGCAGGGCGCUUUGGUCCGAUUUGGAGCUUUAUUACCCAGUUUAGAACCUCCAGGCUUCAAUCUUGUAUUUUUACCUUUUGCAGAUGAUAUGAGAAAUCCAGAAAAUAUCAAAGGGCCAGGCCAAGCUAAUCUUGCUCCUGACGAUCUUGUGAAAUCAGCAGCAAACAUGAUCCAGCAUAUCCAAAUUGCUGAAUAUAAUAUCCACAACUACUUUAACCCAACAAUUCAGCACUUUUACACCCGUCUUGAAGCUUUAGCAUUAGAUGCCCCAGAGCCACAGCCAAUAAUUGAUGCCUUAGAGCCUGACGAAGAAGGUAUCCAAAAAAACAGACAAUUCAUUGAAGGAUUCUUUGACCAUGCCCCUGAAGGAAACAGAAAAAGACAACGUGAGCCAGCUUCAGCCCCAGCUAAAAAGGUCAAAAACGACUCAGGAAAAAGCCAAUAUUCUGAAGCAGAGCUCAAAAAAAUGAAAGUCAAUGAGCUUAAAGAUAUAUGUGAUAGCUUAGGUUUGCCUAAAACAGGAAGAAAAGAUGAACUUAUUGAAAGAAUUUUAAGCAAGUAA